AUCAUCGUUCGCGUAACGUCAGUGCAAAGCUCUGGAAAGCAUGUUUUAAUGUGUCCUAUUUGUUGAAUGGAAAAUCGAUGUGUGUGCGUGUGGAUGAUAAGCAAUACCGUGUGCAGUGAGCAGUUUGAAAAAUGGCGCACCGAGGAUGUAUGAUGAUAAAUCGCAAGGAUUAACGUACCGGGGACCGGGCUCCAAACGCAAUACACAUGCCACCAGGAUUAAGUGAUGGAAAAAUAGUGCUAUUCCGUUGAGAUUGAUUUGUUUCACCGCGGUCCCGGUUGAGUUUCUGGUAUUUAUAGCAUUCGUAUCGGAACGAAACGGGGCCCAUGGGAUGGUGGUGGUUUAGCCAUCAAUUGUGGAGUUAAUUUCCAUAAUUAUCAAUACAUAAGUUACCCCUUCAAUGCACGAGUGUGAAUGCAGCAGUGAUGUGAGCAGUCAGUGAGUGAAUCUGUGAGUGUAGUGUUAUGAAAAAUUUAUUAGCUUAAAACAAAAUAAAUAUUAAAACCGAAAAGGAGUUCAAGUACAACACCGUCAAAGUGUCCACCGAAAGUUCUGGGAAGUGUGCGAUGCAAAGCAGAAGCGGAAUCCUACCAGUGCGCGCGUUUGUGUGAGAGUGUUUAGUCUUUUCAGUUUCUUUUGUUUGCCUUUUUAACCACUCGAGGGAGGAAAAGUGUUGCUGUUGCUGCCCAGUGUAGUUGGCAGCGUUUGCCGGUGCCAAUUUGGGGGUGCCAGUGAAGCAAUGCAGUGAAAGUUGGUGGGGUUUUGGUGGAUGUGAAACAAAAGCGCCCGGUGUGAAGCAAAAAAAAAAAAAAAGAAUCGGCGGGGCAAACAUGGCCAAGUACGUGACAAAAGUGCCGUGGAGGUGUUUGCCGGUGCUACUGUUGCUAUCGAUUGUGGCCACCGGAAGGAUAAACCUAGCCGCAGCCAGCUCUAUCAUUGGCGAUGAAAAUGGUCCACUGAUAGAGGUCCAAACGGCCGUCGGGUUGGAUGUGUCCUUGCCGUGCGAUUUGCUGCCAACGACCAUGACCAUGAUGACGGACAAGGUCUACUUGGUCAUCUGGUACAAGGAGGGCAACACGAAGCCAAUUUACUCCUUCGAUGCACGGGGCAAGAGCCUGCAGCAAGCCAUCCACUGGUCGGAUGAGGCGGUGCUCAAAUCUAAGGCGUACUUCUACUACGACACCAGCCCACCCGCCCUACGGAUCAAGGGCGUCAAGCAGGAGGAUGCCGGCCUGUACAGAUGCCGAGUGGAUUUCCACAAAUCGCCCACGAAAAACUGCCGGAUCGAUCUGGAUGUGCUCGUUCCACCGACGAAGCUUACCAUCCUAGACGAGCUCGGGGCAGCCGUGCUGAACAACGUGGUCGGCCCGUACCGGGAGAAUGCGGACAUUAAUCUGACCUGCAUCUCGAGCGGGGGCCAACCGGCCCCGAAGGUAACCUGGUGGCGGGAGCAUGCUCUGCUGGACGAUUCGUACCUCGUGCUGCCGGACGGCACGGUGAAGAACGUUCUCUAUCUGGAGAAGCUGUCACGCCACGAUCUACACUCGGUUUAUACGUGCCAAGCGAGCAACGGUCACGUCGUGCCGCCACUUUCCAGUGCCGUCAAGUUGGACAUGAAGCUGCCACCCCUGUACGUGCGGAUGCAGGGCCUGCGGGAAACGUUAACGGCGGGCGUCAAGACGCAAGUAUCCUGCAUCACGGCUGGCAGCCGACCGGCACCGAGCGUUGUCUGGACGAAAGGAUCAUCCGUCAUCCGUGGCUCAUCACAAACGACGUCCAACGACGGAAAUGUCACCGUAUCGGAGCUGGUGUUCGUGCCCGGUCCGGAGGAUAAUGAAAAAUCAAUUACAUGCUCAAUUAGCUACAGCGAGGGCGACGGCCCAACGGUACUGCUCAAGGAUACCCACGUGCUGAACGUCAGGCACGUGCCGGUGAUAUCGCUUGCGCUCGGUGCGCCCCUCAACUCGCAGAACCUGAUGGAGGGUUCGGACGUGUACCUCGAGUGUGACAUCAAGGCCAACCCGCCGGUGAAGAAAAUCGAAUGGUUUCACAACAACAAGCUUCUUCAGUCGUCCCGCGGCAUCAUCGUGUCCAAUCAGACGCUCGUCCUGCAGAGCAUCACGAAGUCUACGCACGGCGAGUACAUGUGCCGCGCCUCGAACAGCGAAGGCACCGUCAACAGUAAUCAGCUCUAUUUGGAUAUCAAAUAUCCACCGGUAUGCAAAUCGGAAGCACAAAUAAUCCGUGCCGCGGUAAAACAAACCGUCAACAUAACGUGCGACAUCGACGCCAACCCGAUGCCAAAUCUGUUGUUCCGGUGGCAGUUUAACAACUCGCUCGAAAGCAUGCUCGAGCUGCCGCCGUACACGAACGUCGAGUCGGAAGCCGCCAAUCUGGCCCUGGCCGAGAUUGACCUCGAGACGAAUCACAUGGGUCCGACGCUGGAGGAGCUGGUGCGCAAGAACCUCGAACGGCUGGAGCACUCGGUACGGCAGCAGCAGCAACAUCAUCAUCACCUGCUUCAUUCGCCGAAAGAGGACGUACCGCUGGUUGACGGCCAGCUGUACAUGUACCAGGUCGAUACGUUCAACAGCUUCGGUACGAUCACCUGCACGGCGACCAAUUCCUACGGCCAGAGUGGUCACUGCGCUUAUCACAUACUCGUUGCCGAUGUGCCCGAUCCCAUCAAGAGCUGCACCGUGUCGAAUGUGACCGCGUACACGGUACACAUAUCGUGUGUGGCCGGCAAGGACGGUGGAAUACCGCAACAGUUUCACAUCGACGUGUUUGAGGAGUCGAAGCGCAAGCUGCUGCAAAGCGUCAGUUACCAGAGCCCGGAGAUGUUGCUGAAGAAGCUGCCAAGUGACACGAAGUUCAUCAUCAAGAUUACACCCUACAACCUGCAGGGUACGGCACCGACAAGCUACCGGGUGAAGGCACAAACACUUCCGGCACCGUUGCUCCGAACAGCUCCCUCGAAGGCCGUGCUGGUGCAGCUAACACCUCUGCUGGGGGCACUCGUCGGGGCAGCCGUUACGCUCUGCCUGGUCGCGCUCUGCAUCAUCGUUUUCGUAAAGUUCAAAACGAAGAAGAAGCAUCACCAGACGGCAAACACGGAGCAGGACAAGGGUAGCGCGGAACCGCUCAGUCGCAACAUCGGCAGUCACUCGAGCAUCGACGACAAGAACCCGGACGUGAUACCGCACGAAAACAGUGAGGACGACGACGAGAAGCAGUUCGAACGGUUAGCGCUAAACGCGGACGGGCUCAAGUUUGCUGGCCACACGACAACGGCAUCGGUCGGUGCGUACUCACCCACCCAUCAUCACUUGAUGUCACCGAGCGGGAACGGCUUCAAGAAGUUCGGCGAACUAUCGCUCACGACCAAUCCCGGGUACGCGAUAUACAGCUCCCCGAUACGAAGCUACGGUAAGCCGAGCCCGGGCCAACCGUUGGUCGGUUCGCUGCUACUGUCCACCACAACCGGUCCACAGGGUACCACCACGAUGACCACCAGUGCUCCGACGGGGACCAGCCUACUGCUGACGUCCGGUGGCAGUGUGCCGGGUGCCGCCGUUACCACGCUGCCACCGACGCGCACCUCACCCAACAUCUACACAAGACUGCCACUGCGAGACUUUACGCCGAACAGCUACGACAGCAUGCUCAGCACCUCGCAGACCACCUCCUGUUCGUCCUCGUCCAACGGUGGGUACGCGACGUCCCAGAUCUACACCGCCAAGAUGCCCCUGCUGACGACCAACUACACCGCGCUGGACAGCACGGGGAGUGCCGGGGGGCUAGGGCUCGGUGUGGACAAAUGUUGAUAGCGCUCUGGCCGUAAGGUAAGCGGGUGUAGGAUGUAGUUAGGGCCGGAAGGAUCGCGCACCGUAGCAUCCGGUGGCAAAUCUUACUGACGUGAUGGGACUUCGCUGGUGCUACACUCUGAUGCCGUUUCCGUUGCGCGGUUACAAGUUCUGUGUUUUGUGGUUAAGUUUGGCUAAAAGCGCUUCCUUUAUACGCGGAACUUACACGCCCCGGGGGGAGGUAUAAAGUUUUUUCCGACAAGAUGCAAAUUUAACUAUGAUGUGCCAUUCGAAAGAGAGAGAGAGAGAGAGGGAGAGGGAAGGAAACAAAUCAAAUCCGCUGGCAAACAGGGUACUCUCGAGGGUUGCAGGAUGACAGCGCGCCUACAGACAACGCUCAAUUUUUGGAUGCUGUUCCACUGUUUCGGCAGGCAUAACUGUUGAGAUCUAUUCUACGUUACUGUAUCAGAGUCCUUGUACAUUGUACUUUAAUAGAGUUUAAUAUACGUUUCCAAGCUAACAGCACAAUUAGGCCAUGGAUUAUGCUCCGACAGAGUAAAUUUAGUUUUAUCCUUAACAAAAAUGAGAACAUGAACCAGAUUUAAUCCCUGUUAUGGUUAUGUUCCAUUUAUAUUAGUAGAAUACUACAGCUGUGUUCAAUAAAUUUGGAGGACCCAGUUGGAGGACUUUCAAGAGUGGCCUCAAGUUUAUUGUGGUUGACUGUCACCGACGAACUCUGAUCUGAAUCUUCUUUGAGCGCUUUUGUUCAACUUUAUUUAAAUUUGACGCUCAUAGGCAAAAAGUCAGGAUGCUCUUAGGAGUAUGAAACUUUUAUGACAACAAAAAAUUGUUUUUUAUUUCAUGAGGUUAAUAUAGACUCCCAUCGAUAGUUAGAACCACCUCCAAUUCUCGGUUGAAACCACCUAAAACCCAUAUCAAAAGGCACCACUGUCUUAUUGAACACAGCUUCAAUUUUGUGUUCUGCCUAAGUGCAAGCGUCACUGUGUACGUGUUGGAGAACCAUAUUAUAGCAUAAUGAAGUGAGACCGAUUCCCGAACAGGAUGCAACACCUCCCAUUAACACCACCGAAGGACCCCACAAUCAAAUACAUCCGUGUGUCCCCAAACACGCUCGAUCAGGUGUAUCGUCAUCACUCAAUUGUUAAAUUUACUGACACACUCCGAGUGCAGAAAAUUACAGCUGACGCUUCCGACACGCCCGAUCAGCUGAAAUGUAUUCAUUCGUCCCUAAUGGUCCUCCACUGAUCCUGGCGCGGUGGUGUCGCAGCACCAGUGGGGAAGUAACACGGUCUCAUUAUUUAUACCACAUCGAUUAUCGUCCCAACAGUGUGCCCAACAGCGUCAACAAUAAAUUCCCCCCUUGUCUGUCCUUUUGCUAUCCACGGUCCAACUCCCAUCCAGCUCCAUCGGUGAAAACGUACCACCAAUAAUUGGGGAAAUCGCGUUGAAUCACGUGUCUGUUAUGUGUCUGUGUUAUGAGUGGAACAGUUUCCUGGUCGGUGAAAAUUCGGUAAAGUAUUAUUUAGUUAAAUUUUUAACAACCCUACCCGUUCAGAGUUUAUUUACACGGCGGAAAACCAGUGCGUGACAGUAAGUGUAGUUAAACGAUAGCAAGUAAUGCGAAUGACAAAGCGGGUCGGAUGCGUAAGGGACAAUAAAAGAUAGCGCCCGCGUGAGUUAUAACGAUAGCCAUGUAAGUAAGGUAGGCAAAACUGGAACAACGCUGCAUAUGUGUAUAUAUAGAACACUGUACAUAUCCUGGCAAAAUAGUCUAAAGAAUAAAUUCGAAAAAGGAAGAAAUCCAGAAGGAACAAAAAAAAACACGACAAACCAUCGAAAAGCAUCGGUCAACUUUUACAAAGACAAAUGACAACAGCCAACAGCGAGGACACACACACAAAAUCACGCGUAACAAGUAUGAGACGGAGGGAAACAAUUAAAUAGCUAAUGGUAGGGAAAAAGAUUGUAGGUUAUGAGAAUUAUUUUCAAUUAACGGACAACGUGAUACAGAGCAGACGAAACACUACAAGAAAAAAAACAUGAGAGUGAAAGAAUGAAAAAAAAAACAAACAAAAAUACAGAAACAGUUGAAAGAAUUUAUCUAACAAAUUGAACAGAAAAAGAAAAUGAAACACGACGAAACGGAAACUAGUAAGUCAAAAUUACACAGCAAAAAACGGGGUUGCAUUUAAAAGAGCAAACAAUUGCUUCAUUCAAUGUAUCGAUGUUUCAUUGCAUGUUUGACGCAAAACGGCCCAAAGGAAGAAGGUAAAAACCCCGAACCACGAACAUUGUGCCGAUCAAUCGUGGGCAAAAAUCCUUUCGAUUUCAAUUUGUGUUUUUAAACAGAAAACACAUACAAACAGGCGGUAAAGAAACGUGCGAAGGGCGGGAUGAAGCAGCUGUAGGGUGUAGAUGGGAGGGGACGAGAGUGAAGGGUAAGGAUUGAUCCGAACAACCAAACAAAAACCAUUGUGCAGGGAUGAAAGAAUUCGUUAUGGAAAGUUUGUUUCCUUUUUUAUGUAAAACUGAACGAAUAAAAUGAUGUACAAACAAAGCUGAAAA